CGCCCAGAGCAAGAUGGGUGCCGAGGCGAACGGAGUGGUCAACUACUGCAGGAGACCUCCUCACAGACCCUUCCUGCAGAGGAUCAAAUACGCGAUAUGGAACCCCGAGGAGAACAAAUUCCUGGGGCGAACUCCUAAACGAUGGGGUGUCAUCGGUCUGAUAUACUUGGUGAUGUAUAUCUGCAUCAUCAUCUUCUUCUCCCUCUGCAUGUGUGGUCUACUGGCCACCAUAGAUGAGAAAAUACCUUAUUAUACUCUAGCCGACUCCAUUAUAGGUGAUAACCCCGGAAUGGGCCACAGACCAAUCGUGUAUGAAGAAGGAGCUUUAAUUUGGUUUAAGAGAGACAACACUACCACUUACAAGAAAUAUAUUGACAGUAUCAAUGAAUUUCUUGAACCAUAUAAGAAUAAAUCUCUGCUGGUAAAUAAGGGAGAAAACCAAUUAGAUUGUGGGGAUAAGAAGCCUCCGGGAGGCCAAGUGUGUGCCUUCCACACCUCACUCCUCGGUGACUGUAACAGUGAGAACAACUUUGGUUACAGUGAAGGAAAACCAUGUGUUAUUAUCAAGUUAAAUAAGAUCUACGAUUGGUACCCACAGUUCUACGAUGACCCCGGAAACUUGCCUCCCGACAUGCCUCCAGAUAUUUUGGACUACAUCAACAAGACCAAGACUCCACAAGAGCGUCGUAAGGUUUGGUUGUCGUGUAAAGGUGAGAGACCAGCUGAUACUGAAGCUCUCGGUCCAUUGAAGUACUGGCCUUACCCUGGAGUACCAGAGAUUUACUUCCCGUACAACAAUACCGCGGGGUACCUGAGUCCGUUGGUAGCUGUUCAGCUGUUGAAUCCUACUUAUAGUCAAAUAAUUAACAUAAGAUGCAGAGCAUGGGCACCCAAUAUCAAGUACACUGAAAGCCUGAAGGAACGACUCGGCUCCACCCAUUUUGAGAUAAUGCUGGAUUAGGAAUUGACGCCAUUACUAAACAACUUCAGAUCAAAAUCAACUAGAGCCUGUUUCGGAUGACCUCAUUGAAACUGAAGCAAAAAAAAAUGCAAUAUGCUUAUCAAUGGUGAAAGAUUCCAUUCUGGUUUCAAGUUAAUCUUACCCUGUCUUAUAAAUAAACACAAUAAAAAGUUAUUUCAAGUUUAAAAUUACUUCGCCUCACUGACCUCUAUGAUUUACCACUGGACUGGCAGGCCUUUUGUGCCUUUUUGAUAUUCGCCAAUUUGGCGCUGUUGGCUAUUUAGCGAGAGUCUGAAGACAACCUCAAAGAAUAGAUGGUGGGAAACUAUUUACAUAAAAAAAUGUGUACUUUAUUACGUUGAUUUUUGAAGUAUAAAUAACAAGGAAUACGAACAAAAUUACUUCAAAAUGCAAAAAUACUUCAGAGUAUUGUACGUUCCUUUGCAGCCAUUUGUAUAAUACGUCAAAAUUAGUUCUCUGGACGCUCGCGAGUGGCGCUUCAAAUAGGCACAAAAAAUUGUUGUUAAACAUAUGGAACAGUCCUGAACAACCUGUCCAGUGGUAUUUAUACAUGUCAGUGCUUCGUCCUGUCAUGUAAUUCUGUAGUGACAAAGGUAAGAGAAAGACACAAAGUUUUAAAUUUGGAAUAAGUUUACUUCGCGUUUAUUAAUAACCGUAUCUAUAGUCUAAGGUCGAGUACACAUGUAGCAAACGCUACUGAAAGAAUGGUGAGGCAAGUGUAAAAGAAGAGAGAGUUCUGGCUGGAUUUGGAUUGCCGUUAUUCUCUGUAUGUACAAGGUUUAAAACAAAAAAUACCGUGAAAUGGAACUGUAGUCGCUUGGAUAUAUAUAUGUAUGAAUCAUGCCUUAAAUCCGUGAAGUUACAGUGAAAAAUACUGUUAACACAAUGUAAAAUUGAACUAUAUAUUAAAUACGUAUUUAAUAUAACUUUAAAUAAUGCAUUAUAUUUAUUAUCAUUUUAGCUUAUUAGUUAUUGUAAGCACAUAUCUAUUUUGAUAAUUGUAAUUUAUAAAAGAAGUGUUCACUAUAAAAUAUAAAUGAAAUAAUACAAUGAAACUCAUAUAAAAAUAUUUUACUAAGUUUAUUGUACUGAGCUGCGUGAUGUGAAGAACAUCUAAGUUAUUUUUGUCAAUUUUGUAUUAAUAUCGUUAAUGUUUAUAAAAACUGUCAUGUUCUAUUAAAAAGAUAAAGGAAAGUUAAUAUUUAUGAGCAUUGGAUGGUCAGGCAUUGUUCACCUUCGUCAUUUGCAAAGCACCAUCGUAUUCGGUUUAGUUUUAUGAUUAAUCGUUCAAAUAUUGUUACAAAAAUUAAUUUAAAAGAAAAUUGAGUCCUUAAUAAUAUAAUAACUCCAUGAGAUUUACUCAAAUUCAAAUUCAAAUAUUUUUAUUCAAAAUAGGAUGUGACAUCACUUAUUGAAAGUCAAAAAACUACCACCCAUUCCAAAAUGAAUGCCUCAGGCAUGAGAAGAAUGGGCGCGAUAAACUCAGCGGGCUUUUUUUUCAUCAAAAAUAUGUUUUACAAUUAAAGUAACAUUUACAAAGUAACAAAGUAACAUUGUACAAUUAAACUUAUUAUUUAAUAGUCUGAGGGCGGUCGCUCCAUUCCCAAUCUGUGGUAUCAUUAAGAAAGUCAUUUAUGUUAUAGUAACCUUUACCACACAAACGUUUUUUAACAAUUCUUUUGAAUAACGUAAUACUUUUGUUUUGAACAUUUUCUGGGAUCCUGUUGUAAAACCAUAUACAUCGCCCCACAAAAGAAUUCAAUAAUAAGUUUUGCUUACUGUGUCUGUUCUCCAUUUUGCUAGAAUUAAAAUCUAACUGACCCAACAGGCCGGCUCCACAUGGUAAGAGAAGCUAUGAAGCGAAACAGAAAAAGGCGGUACGGCGAGUGAAAGAGAGGAAAGACCCUUCAUUUGCCAUUGUACGUUAUAAUAUUAUAUGGACAAGGCCCAGACCUUGUUCCAUAGAUAUAUAUUAUACUAGCUGACCCGGCAAACAUUGACUUAGUUAGUUAGACCGUUUCUUGUUCAUUGCAACAUUACUUAAUUUUUUCUAAAAUAAAUGAAUUUUUCUAAAAUAAACGUAGCCUUAGUUACUCAUUAUUAUUGUAAUUGUACUAAAGGCAGCUAAUAAAAGUACCGUCAAAGUUGGUUCAGCCAUUUCAGAGAUUAGCCGGAACAAACGAACAGACAGACAGAGAAAAGUUUAAAAAAAUGCUAUUUUGGUGUAAGUACCUUAUUAUUUAAGGUAUUUUAUUUAUAUAAUAUUCACUCAUUUUCUUUUUUUUUACACAAAUUAUCUUGCCUCAAAUUAGGCACAUAAUAUAGCCUGUGUUAUGGGUUUCAAGACAAUUAUAUAUUUAAUACAAUAUACUUACUUAAACAUACAUAAAUACAUAUAAACAUCCAUGACUCGGAAACAAACAUCCAUAUUCAUCAUAUCAAUGCUUGCACCUAACGGGAUUCGAACCCGGGACCUCUAGCUUCGUAGAUAGGAUCGUUAACCACUCGGCUAUACAGGUCUAUAUGUAUAGAUUGUCUUGUUCGGUCAUAGCAAUGGUUUCUUAGCGUGGGCGGGUGUAAGGUGGCCUUGCAGAAUAUUAUAUAUUUAUACAAUAACAUUUUGGAUAGGAAAGUGGGAUUUUAUAUAACUUAUGCGUAUUAUUUCAAGUCAAUUCGUUAUUGAGUGAGUAAAAAGAUGUUAAAUGAAGCGCAAAACUUAUUAUGAAGUUAUGAAAACAAUUGAAAUUAGAUAGAUUUUAUUCAUGUUCACUGAAUGUGCCUUAAAUUUAUUUUUAAGUAAAAGACGAAUGAAUGGGAAAAAUACUAUUGAAAUUAUCACUAAAAUUUAUUUAAUAAAUUACCUAAAAAUCUAA